GUGUGCUCCUCGCAGCGCGCUGCCCAGCGCAGAGACCUGCCCGCGGGCAUCUAUCAGGUGCUCGAGCUGCGAGUCAACUUGAUGAGCUGCGAGACCAUGAAUGGCAUGGACUUCGACGAGACGGUGUUCGACCCCUUCGGCGAGUUGUGCAACUGGCUCCAGAGAAGCUGGGGCCUGCCCGUCCAGCGGCGCCUCGGCCCCGGCGGCUACCUCCGGCCGCUGUCCCCACGGGCGCUGUUUGCAGGUCCACAGUGGCCCUCGACGGCGUCGGUGCCCCGGCCAGAUCCGCCUCUGCGCGUCCUGCGGGUCUCCAACAUCGAGGACCAGCACAUGGACCACCGGUUCCUCGACAUCCGGGCGUCCAUGCUGGCCGGCUUCCCCACGGUGCGCGUGGACCUCCAGUACCACAGCCAGGGCUUCGUCCGCAACGUCUACAGCCUGCGAGCGGAACGCGGCCUUCCCGCGGCGGUCUCCCCCCGCGACGGCGCCCUCCCCGCCCCCGACAUGGCGGCCGCCGCGGCGUCGAACUCGCGCCGUCGCGAGGCCUGCCUGGCGUCGUUCGCGCAGAGGCCCUUCGCGCUGCGGCGCAUGGAGACGGCGGCGGAGCCCGUGGACGAGGCGGAGGCGCUGUUCCUCCAGGAGUACACGCAGGCGUUCAAGAGCGGCGAGAACUUCGUGCUCCAGCACAACCCUGCGUCGGUGUUCUCUGGGAGGCACGUGCGCAAGCGCUACCACGAGCUCCUGGACCGCGCCCGGCGGCAGUCCGCGCCAGGGGCCGGCGCGGCGCCGCCGCGCGCCCGGGGCGGCCGGGACGAGGCCCCGUCGGGGUGA